AUGGAUCACCGCUGGCUUCUGCGGCUGGCGCUCCUCACCGCCCUGCUAGUCCUGGGGCCACCAACAACACUCAGGGGAGGGACCACCCAUCUUUCAGGGUGGGCGGGGGUCGAUGCGCUCAACGUCACCCUGCUUCACUCGGGCGAUGGCUACGGAUCGGUGGUGCCGAUGGACGCGGGCAACGCCCCCUGCCGACCCCUCAGCCAGGCGCCCUACUAUUCUCCCACGAAGGGCUCGGUGUGCUACGGCGGCCUGGCCCGCAGGAGCGGCGUGGUUGCGGCCGUGCGGGGCGAGGUGGAGGCCUCGGGAGGGUCGGUGGCGCUGGUCGACGCUGGCAACGCGCUUCUGGGCUCCCUGUACUACGCCACCUUCGGGUCCGAGGUGAUCGCGAGCUACUACAAUCUGAUGCGGUACGACGCGGUCAAACUCGAGGUGCACGACUUCACCUCGGGCCUGGGCCAAGUGGCCAACUUCACACGACUGCUGACCACCGGCGGCAACGCCACCGCCACUGUGGUGUCGUCCAACCUGGUCCACCUCAACAACGACUCGCGCUUCGUGGCCCAGGCCGACGGGGCGCAGGUGGUUCCCUACGCGCUGGUCAAGCUGGGCGGCAGCGGCGAGGUGCUGGGGUUCAUCGGCACGAUGGCCCAGGGCCUGAGCACCAUGUUCGCCAACCCGCGCGCCAUCAACUCGACGCCUGAGCUUGUGGCCAUGCGCACCGCCGUCGGGCUCCUGCAGAACCUGGGCGUCAACAAAAUCGUGGCGUCGGUCAGCGGCGCCAGCGUGGCCGACUCCAUUAUCGACGAGGUGCCCGGCAUCGACGUUCUCAUCGUCCUAUCCCAGCUCUACGGUGGCCCAAACACCACCAACACCACCACCUCGGCUGGUCCCUACCCGACGAUGCGGGUGAUGCCCUGGGGGCAGCCGGUGCUGAUCGUGGGCACGGGCGUGAACAGCGGCCAGUACCUGGGGCGCCUGGACCUGGACUUCGACGACCACGGCGUGAUCAGGUCGUGGCGCGGGGCACCGAUCCGGCUCGACGACGGAUCGCCCUCGAUGCGGUGA